CCCAUUUAGUAUCUUUCUCUUCUCCAAUCCAUCUCCUUCGUCCCUCUCCCUCUCUCUCUCUCUUACUCCCCCCUCUUCCGUGUAGUAAUGGCUCAACCUCAUUGGUCCAAACCCGAUAAACCCACCGCGGUGUACCCACCAUCUUCCUCGCCUCAGAAUCUCACGGUCCCGACUGGUCUAACUAGGUACGGUUCGGCCCCAGGUUCGCUUUUAACCAGGGCUGUCGAUUCUGUGAUUGGGUCUAGCCGUGAAUUCUCCGCGUUGGGUUCUUCCUCGUCUUCGCUAGUUAGUCACGGCCACUACUUCCCUGGAGACUCGUCCUCUCUGACCACCGAGCCAAACUGCAAAGUCAACUCAUCCAGCGAUCCAAGGCCGCCGCCGAAGAGCAGCACCAGUGGUGGUCUGCAGAGGUCCUAUGGGCUCAGUGAUAUUAAUGGGUGUUUACUCAGGCAGAAGAGUUCUCCAGCUGGCUUUCUAUCCAAUCUCUCCACCGAAAACGCAGGAUUUUCAAUUACACCAGGAAGUGGAGGGUAUAACUCUCAAAAUGGUGCAACUGGUGGCCACACAGUGUCAAGGUUGAAGUCUCAAUUGAGCUUUACCAGACAAGAUUCUCUUUCUCAGAUAUCUGAAGUUAAUGAAAGUGUUGCUGAAGGCAUGAACUCUAACAAUGGCCGCCAGAAUUCUUCCCAUUCUUAUGCUGCUGCUAGCUUCAGUAUGGAGCCCUGGGACAAUACAAAUUCCAUUGUAUUUUCUGGGCCACCAAGCAAACGAGCUAAGAACAUUGAUGGAGACAUUUUUAACUGUCUCAACGGCUUAGAAACUCAGUUUAGCUUGCCUCAAACUAGUCUUGAGAUAGCAACAGUGGAGAAGCUACUAAGUAUUCCUGAAGACUCUGUGCCGUGCAAAAUCCGUGCCAAGCGUGGCUGUGCCACUCACCCACGAAGCAUUGCUGAAAGGGAGAGAAGAACCAGAAUAAGUGGGAGAUUGAAGAAGCUACAAGAGCUUGUUCCUAACAUGGAUAAGCAAACGAGCUAUGCAGACAUGUUGGAUUUGGCAGUGCAGCACAUCAAAGUCCUUCAAAACGAAGUUCAGAAACUACACAAUGAAUUGGAAAAUUGCACGUGCGGAUGCAGACCAAACUCAUGACAUUUUGUCAAACUGAGAUUUUCAUGAAACAAGUUUUUGUCCAAGGAUUUUGAAGGCAAGCUGGGAAAGGAGCUCGGCCAAGGAUAAUUUUGGAAUUGUACCAAUUAAGUUUAACUUAAUAAUGCAAAGUAGAGAUUAGGAACUCUAAACUGUAUAUAUAAAGAAUUUAGAAAUGUUAAUUUGUUGUACACCAGAAAAUAAUGUGUUAAAUGGUGUUCAAUUUCUAUUCCUUUGAGCAUUUUGCGACA